UAGUUCGCAGACCGAUUUAGAGGGCGCUGAAUUACAAAAUAGCCAAGCAGACUGCAAACGUGCAUCGUAUCAUGUAUGCAGACAGCAGAAAUGUCAACAAGUAAAAUUUGACACUUGAUACGAAUACCUAACUUGUGUGAAAUGGUUGAUUUUGUACAUAAUUAAAAAAUUUAGUUUGUUAAAAAUAAACAAUGUUUAAAAAGUUCUACAUUUUCAAAUUGGUUUUAUUAAGAAGAUUUAUUUAACAUUGCCAACGAGACAACGAAAAUAUACAUAAGACUCUUAAUUUGCACAUCCAUCAGAGAAAAUAAUUUUUCAAGUUAAUAAUUAUUGGUCAUAUAGUAAAAUAUAACGACAUAAAGUUAUAAAAAAUUAAGAUAUAAUGUCUCUUACUAUAGAGUCUAUAAUCGGAUUGGUAACAGUUGCCUUAUUCUGGGGAGUAACGAAUCCUUUUAUGAAAAAAGGAGCAAAAGGAAUUGAUUCUAUCAAAUCAUCUUCGCCGGUUGAUCAGUUCUUCAAAGAUGUAUACUUUCUAGUGACAACUGUAAAAUACAUGGUUCCUUUCGUCGUGAAUCAAAUUGGUUCUUUGUUGUAUGUUUUUCUACUGCAGCAGACUGACUUAUCACUGACAGUUGUAGUUGUAAAUUCUUUAACUUUUCUCUUUACUGCUGUAACGGGAUCCUUUUUAGGAGAAGCCAAAGUUCACAGAAAUACUUAUCUGGGAGCUGCUUUAAUUUUAACAGGCACCACCUUAUGUUGUAUGGACAAACUAAAAAUUACGUAG